UGUUCGCAUGCUCCUGUAGCAGUGAUCGCUCGGUUCUACUAUAACCAUUUUGCUUCGUCUUAAUUGGAUUUCCAGACCUCAAAGUGUGUUUACAACGCUGUUCUCCAAAAAGCGUCUUAACUACAGAUGGAGUGAAAAUCUGCUCGUAGCACUAAUAUGGUUGACGAUAAAAUUGAAGGACAUCGUCCGGUUUCCGCUCCUAUCAGUGACAGCUGCGCGGGCACACACUGACGACAGGAAGUAGUUCUUGUCGUCUGAUAACCCAAGACGAUGUUGUGAUGACUGGACGUCACAUAUGCUCCGACUUGUUAUAUUUCUUCUCGUUUUGUGAAGGUCACACAACCCCUAUCGCUGACGUCAGGUCGUCCUGGGAUAAGCUUAUUGUGGCAUGGUGUCUCUGACGGCUUCCGACGAGAGAGUAUGUUGUGUCGCCGUGGCGGGAUAAUCUAUACCUGAACUGUGGUGACAUUUCCCCGCGUACCGUUCCAGUUCCUUUGCGUGUGACACUGCAGUUCACAGUGAUGUCAAUUCGGAACGGUUUACCGAAUGGAACCAUUUUCUUCCACAAUGCCAAAAGUCCCGUUGUUGUGGUCAACGGGACUGUGAUACAGCUGCAGAUUAAAGAGCCCUACAGAGACAGUCAACUGAACGAGCUCCUCUAUGUCAUCAUCGUCAUUGUUUUCUACGCAACAGCAUUGAUGACACUCAUCAUUACACAAAUACGUCGACAACGCCGUGAAGGACAGGACAUUGACUACUACGACGAAUACCUUCAACGGAACCAGGAGGUAAAACGCACCUGUCAAACCGCUGUUAAAAUGAUCAAGAAGCAGGACGCACCCCCCGUACCCCCAACCCUCAACCUACCCGCUGACGGGGAGGGGUCGGGGACUACAUCGACUGAAGAGGAUGGUGGGAAUGAUGCUAACAGAAGCAAGAAAUUCCAGAGGGACCGCUCUCCAAUUCUUAGAGAGCGGUCACCAAUGCUUGAAAGCAUACCGGACGAGGAACCUGUAGAAUAAGUAUCAUAAUGUUAUAACUUUGUUGCUUUGUCUGUGGUGCUCUGAUUAAAUCAUGGAGUAAAACGCUUGAUAUCGAGCAAUAAUAUCCUGAAUCUCACAGCUUGUGUCUAAAGCUGUAGCUGCAAAUCUAGCCAAAUAACGAGGCUGUCCUAACCCUUCUUCCUGGGACCAGCGCCAUGAGGUGUCUGGAACCUCGUAACCGAUAAUAGUUUUCAUUAUCCAGUCCUAAACUGUCAAAUAGGAUAAUCCGGGAGAGCGACACAGCAGACUGGCUGUUACAGACUAGCCUUGGGGUAGAAAGCUGCAGACAGUGAAUAACAAGUGAGCAGGACAGCCACAUCAUAUUUUCAACAGUUUCCCCAUGUAAUGGAUUUGUCUACAUUUAUACUCGGAUCACAAUGUUCAUACAAUCAGACGGUGCAGUCAUCAGAUUCAUGAUUGAGAAGAGACCUGUUGAUGCCAUUAAAACAGCAUAUCAAUUUGGGAGUAUGCAUGUUAACAGAGAUUGGUUCGGCUUAGUGAUGUGUGCUAAUAUUUUCUACGUUGUGUUAAUCAACAGGGGUAUAACUAUAUGCACUGACAGAACAUUUUAUCGAUUGACAAAACAACAUGGCUGUUAUGAGGAUACCUCUUUGUAGUGCUGUGUGUUGUCACUCAACCUGUCCCAUCUACUGGUAGUACCUCAGUGGUAGUGUUAACACGGGUCAUUAAUCCACAAGUUAAACAGAAUUCUUUCUCAGCGCCAAAUUACCAUCUGUAAAUGAAACUUCUUGCAUUGUUAAUUAACAAAUUCCAAAUAUUACUGGCUACAUAUUAAUUACACUGAUGUUGUGAUAACAUGUUGGCGAGGUCACCAUUUUCUUGAAAUCGAAAUGCAGAAGAUUCUCAAAAUAUUAAAUAUAAAAAUAUAAAAUAUUUAUCAAUUUAUAUCUCUACUUUUUAUAGCGGUGAUUAUGAUGCCCCUAUGUUUUUAAUAUUAUUAACAUUGAUAUUUGAAUAGCACGUUGGAAAGGUCACUAUUUUUAUAAUUGAAAUUGAACAGAAAAUGAAUGGCUCUUAAUCAAUGCUCUUCAUCAAAGUAAAACAACAGUGAUCAUGAUGUCCCCGUGUUUUUAUAGCUGUAAUAUAUUUCCUAUGAAAACACAAAACUGAAGAACGUUUAUUUUGUAUAACGGUCCUAUAUUUUUCAACAUUUCUGGUACCGUUACAUGCAUAUUACAGAUAUGUUACAGAGUAUUUCAUCAUUUGAUUACAAUACUUAUAAAUAGAAAACAUAUAAUUGCAUGAAAC